GAGCUCCUUGCUUGCCGUAGUUUGACCAGAUUAUUGUAAAUAUGGCGUCCUCAAUGUCACUUUUGAGUUUAAGUCGAGCAUGUUUGCUGAAUCCUGCGACCAGAGUGUUUUUAAACCCCAGCAGGGCCAUCAGCACAUCAGCAUGGAAACAGGUGGAGACAAAAGGAACCGAAUCCCAGCUGAUCACCAUCGAUGAGAAGCUGGAUAUCACUUCUAUUACCGGGGUUCCAGAAGAGCACAUCAAGACGCGUAAAGUGCGCAUCUUCGUGCCCACCAAGACGGCCAUGCAGUCAGGCGUCAAUAACACCAAGAAGUGGAAGAUGGACUUCGACACCCGUGAACGCUGGGAGAACUCACUGAUGGGCUGGUCCUCCACUGGUGAUCCACUAUCAAACAUGAUGCUCACUUUCAGCUCCAAGGAGGACGCCAUCGCUUUUGCGGAGAAGAACGGUUGGAGUUACGAUAUCACGGAAAAGAGGACGCCCAAGCCAAGAGUGAAGUCAUACGGGGCUAACUUCUCCUGGGACAAGCGCUCGAGAAGGUCUUGCAAGUAGACCUGUACCACCUGUUUUGUCCCCCCCUCCCCUCUGCCUCUCAGAUCUGUUCUUUUAGCGAGCAGUCAAGUCAGUAGCUCUGCUCUGUGUUAUAUAAUCUUAUUCGUCAAACAAUAAAAAGGAAUUCCUUAUAAACCCA